CCCGGUCCCACCCCGCUGACCCCCGCAUGGCCAAGCAGAGCCCUGCGGAGCCGCAGGCGGCGGGGCCGAGCGGCGCGGCCCGCGGGAAGAGCAAGAAGAGGAGGAAGAAGAGGAAGGCCCUCGGGAAAGCGGCGGCCGCGCCCGGCAUGGCGGCCGUGGGUCCCCCCCGCAACCCGCAGGAGUUCUCCUCCAACUGGAAGGCGCUGCAGGAGCUGCUGAAACAAAAGGCAAAUAACUCCAAGAAGCCCAUUUCCACAGAUCAAACAGACACCACAAAGAAGCAGCCACUCAAAGCAGCCAAAGGCCCAGAAGUCCCAGCAGUCAAUGGGAAUGGGAAUGUGGUAAAGGCCAAAUCCACAAAUAAAAUGGACAGUGGUGCUGCUAAAGCCAGUCCUCCUCUGGCCAAGCCAGAAUCCAAGGGGGUUACAGCAAGUAAGAACUUAAAUGGCACCAAAAGCAAUGGGAAAGGCUGCAAAGAAAAGAAGAAAAAUGGCAUUGUUGUGAAGGAGAAGGAUGAGCUGAAACAUAAGAGGAGGAAAGCUGAGGAACACGUGGAGCAGCAGCCCAAGGAGGCUGACAUCUGGUUUGAUGACGUUGAUCCCAAAGAUAUUGAAGCAGCACUAGGACCUGAAGCAGCAAAAAUUGCCAGAAGGAACCUGGGACUUGAAACAGUGCAAUGCCAGUCUGUGGAGCAGGUGCUGGUUAAGGAAAAGGCUUUUGAUGGGCUGACCCGGGCCGUGGCCAUGGACUGUGAGAUGGUGGGGGUGGGCCCCAAGGGCGAGGACAGCAUCUUGGCUCGGGUGUCCAUCGUCAACCAGUUUGGGAAGUGUGUCUAUGACAAGUAUGUCAAGCCCACGGAGAAGGUGACAGACUACAGGACAGCUGUCAGUGGCAUCCGGCCUCAGAAUAUAAACUCAGGUGAAGACUUCAAAAAGGUUCAGAAGGAGGUGGCUGAGAUCCUGCAGGGAAGGAUUUUAGUUGGACACGCCUUACGGAAUGACCUGAAGGUCCUACUUCUUGAUCACCCUCACAAGAAGAUCAGGGACACACAGAGAUACAAACCUUUUAAACAGAGAGUCAAGAGUUCCAGGCCAUCCCUGAAGCUGCUCUGUGAGAAGCUGCUCAAUGUUCAGGUGCAGACAGCAGAGCACUGCUCGAUCCAGGAUGCACAAGCAGCUAUGAGACUUUACACCCUGGAGAAAAAGAAAUGGGAAGCUGCUGUUAAGAACAAAGCUAACAAGAAAAAUUGUAAAACUUAAAAACCCAGGGCAGAAUCUUUCACCUGCAGCAUUUGCUGGUUUGAUGUCACAUUCCAAAUUUAGAGAUAAGUCAGAACUGACAGCAGCUACUUCAUAAAAUCAUUCCAAAGACAAUGCUGCAAUAACCUGGAAGUGCAGGAAUGCUGCUGGUAUCCCUGUGGAUGGGCCCUGUGCCUGAUGCCUGCUGCUCUGCUCAAGCAACCUUUGUAACAAAUGCCUGCAGCUGGGAAGAACUUCAUCAAUUAAAUUUCUUCAAUGGAAAUAGACACUGAAUAAGUUUAAAAAAAAUUAAAUUAUGAUAGAUGAAGGAAGAAACUGUCAUUGCUUUGUCAAAACUGAGGAUUAAAAUCUUUAUUUCAAGUAUGUUGAGGCCCAUAAAGUGAGGUCUGCUGCAAGGUGAAUUCUUAAUUAUUGCUGUUAGUUACACAGUUGUGGUACCCAAACCAUCAAUAAAUACCUGUUUGUAUAUUAUUAAAGCCCAAUAUUCUUUUUUUCUGGUGAGAACAGUCCUCUAAUGGAGGAUCCAGGCUUUUGUAUCCAGCAGUGGCCAAGUCUUGUUCUUAGACAAAGCAUUUUUCCUUCCUCAGUUUCAAAAGUGUUGCAUCCACCAGGGUCCGAAUCUCCUGGAGGGAAACGUGAGAAUUGUCAGACAGAAGAUUACCUUGUUGCUCCACUUAUUUUUGUAUUCAUUUAUUAAUAAAAACAAUGUGUCUAACAUAAAUCUUUGAAGUGCUGCUGUUACAACAGGAGAGGGAGCUUUCUCCCCUUCUGUGAUUAUUGUUUUCUGUGCUACCUUGUGGCUGCAGUGCUCAUUGAAGGGGUGCAGGAGAACAGUUUGUGACUGUCUUUGAAAACAAUUCUGUAAAUGCAUUACUAAAAUCAGCAAAAUUUAAGACUAACCAGUUCUGUUGGCUUGAUGGACAAACCUAAUUAUUGGUUUCUUGCCAGCAAGCCAUUGCAAAAGAAAUACAAGUGUAACACAUUAAAUAGCUCUGAUAACUUUGCUGGUUUUUCCUUUUGUUUCCCAGUGUGGCUGAUUGGUGAAAUUUAAUGUAAGUUAAAUCUUCCCACAGACUCAGAAAGUUUUUGUUGGGUUUUUUUUUUCAU